UUUCCCUAUAUAAAACCAACCUCAUCCUCAACAUCUUCAUCAAAACUUAAACAUCAAGAAGUCUCUCUACAAAAGAAAUUCUCAUAUCUAAAGAAAACUCUCAAUAGAAAACAAAUAAACAACAAUCAAGAAUCUAAAUGGGAAGAGAUCAAGAAGGAAGCCCUCCAGUUCCCUUACAUCUCUGCGUCUUCGUCCUGAUCCUAUUAAUGUUCGUAACGAUCUCAUGGUACGCGAGCUACGAACCAGUCAUAGAAGGAUUUACGGAUCAGUUCAAGCUCGCUCUCAUGGCUUCUCCUCUGCUUUUGCUCUUGGCCGUCCAUUUUCUAUCCAACGAUAGAGGAGUAGGAGGGAUGAUGACGUCUUUGAUCCAUCUGAACGAAAGAGAGUCUUUGUAUAGAGCUGGAGGAACACCAUGGGGAGUCGCCUUCAUGCUUGUCUUUCUCUUCUUCAUGGUUUCUUAUCAAUCUCAGUUUCAAGAACGUUGGUUUCCUCUUCGAUAAUGAAACGACAUCAUUUUUUGGUUCUUCUACUAUUCUUGACUUUCUCUUUGGGUUUAGUAUAAUGAAUUCAUGGUGUAUGUUGAUUGAUUUUUUUUUUUUUUUUUUUUUGGUUUCAUUCACCAAUCAUACCAUUUGAUGUAAUCUUUAAUCUCUUUUCUCGUGGUAUAUAAUACUUUAUCAUAUAUUAUGACAAGAGCAAAAGAUUGCUAUGUUUUUUUUUUUUUUUUUUGGUAUAUGCACCAAAUAACCAGUGUUAAAAAAAGUGUAAACAGACGGUAAUCCUUUGUAUAA